CCUGAGGGCGUCGGGCAGUGCGGCAGUGUCUCUACCCAUGGCGGCCGGUAGCGGUAACAUCGGCGCCGGGGCGCCCGAGCGGCCCUACGAGCUGGUGGUGUUCGGUGCCUCGGGAUUCACCGGCCAGUUCGUGGUGGAGGAGGUGGCGCGGGCGGCCGCCAGCGGGGAACUGCGGGGCGCCCUGCGCUGGGCCGUGGCCGGGCGGAGCAGGCAGAAGCUGCAGGCGGUGCUAGAGCGGGCGGCCGAGAAGCUGGGGAAGGCGGCGGUGGGGCCGGAGGUCGGCGUGCUGCUGUGCGAUGUGGACGACGCGGCCUCGCUGGCCGCCAUGGCGAGGCAGACCCGGCUGGUGCUCAACUGCGUGGGCCCGUAUAGAUUCUUUGGGGAGCCUGUGAUAGAAGCUUGUGUUGAAAAUGGUGCAAGCCACAUUGACAUCAGUGGAGAGCCACAGUUUCUGGAAGGAAUGUACCUGAAAUACAAUGAAAAAGCUGCAGAAAAGGGAGUAUAUGUCAUUGGAAGUUGUGGCUUUGACUCUAUACCAGCUGAUAUGGGAGUGCUGUACACCAGAGACAAGUUGAAAGGUACCUUAACUGCUGUUGAAAGUUUCCUGAAGGUGAAAUCUGGGCCUGAGGGAACUUGUGUACAUGAUGGGACCUGGAAGUCAGCUGUUUAUGGUCUUGCGGAUCAAGACAACCUGAAGAAGCUUCGAAAAAAGAUAGGAUAUGCCCCUGUUCCAGUAGUUGGUGCAAAGCUUAAAAGGAGAGGGCUUGUGUUCUACAGUCGGGAAUUCAAAGAGUACUCCAUUCCAUUCAUGGGAUCUGAUGCUUCUGUUGUGAAACGGUCUCAGCGUUAUUUGCACACAGAGUUGCAGGAAACACCUGUGCAGUAUGGUGCUUAUGUGAACAUAGGUGGUCUUGGUUCUGUUAUGAAGCUGAUGUUUGCUGGCAUUUUAUUUCUUCUUCUUGUGAAGUUUAGCUUUGGAAGAAAACUUCUGACAAAAUACCCAGAAUUUUUCUCUGCUGGACACUUCACAAAGAAAGGACCAACCCAGAAACAGAUGGAUGGAACCUCUUUUACAAUUACUUUUUUUGGUGAGGGUUACAGUGAAGGGCAAGAUCCCCAGAGUGGCAAGCCAAAUGUAAAGAUCUGCACUGAAGUGAAAGGACCAGAGCCUGGCUACAUUGCUACACCAAUUGCAAUGGUUCAAGCAGCUGUGUCUCUUCUGGAAGAUGCAACUUGUCUGCCUAAACAGGGUGGUGUAUAUUCUCCAGGAGCUGCUUUCUCCAAAACAAAGCUGAUUGAUCGCCUUAACAAACGUGGUAUUGAGUUCUCUGUUAUUAGCAAGCCUGAAGUCUGAACUCAGAACAUAACUGUAUCAACUAACACCUUUCCUGAGUCUAGUUCCAAUAAAACUCAUUUGGCUGCAAAAGCCUAAUC